UCCUAAGACGUAAUAUUCGAUAUUUUCUGAGUCUAGUUUUCCAAUAAGUUCUUCAAAUGGUUUAAAAAGAUCAAUUGAAGAAUCAGGGGGUCUAUACCAGGUCAUAACGGCAAAAGGUCUUGAUCUGGGUUUCUUGAUUUCGACAGUCAGACUUUCUAAGUGUUCACAUAUUAGGUCAGAGCGAACAGAAUAAUUGAUUUCGGAACGAAUAAAAAAACAAACACCCCCUCCAGACCUACCGUUGGUAGAGCGAUCGCUACGAAUAGAUUCAUAGCCAGAAAUAUGAAUUUCAUUAUCACUUAUUGUGUCAUCCAAUUUAGAUUCGUUUAUGGCUAAGAUAUCGAUAGGUCUGUCGGAAAGCAAAAUUCUUAGUUCGUCAAUGUGUGCAGAUAGACUAUUAAUAUUUAGCGAGGCUAAUUUAAAGCCUCGUUUAGACGGGAGAAAUUCAUGAGAAACGAUUAGAUUUCCAAGGUCGCGAUUACAAGGACGGCGGAUUCAAUUAUUUCGAUUCUGAAAAUAAACUCCUCCGUGAAAACUCCGUAAAACGACCACAAAGAAGUUCCUAACUGCAGGUCAUGGACUCCUGACAACAUCAUGUCAUUAAUUACGGGCGACAAGAGGAACGCACAAUCCCAAUCUCUAGGUUUUCAUCACGCAUGCGUCGCAUGUAUGUAGCCAGCAUUUCGUUUGGACUUCCCCUCAGGAUGAAUGGAAUGCCCAAUUCGCAAUUUGAUCACAAGCGUAUCGGCCUUCUACGCCUCGUAAUCUGAUCACGCCUGUUUUGACCAGCUGUCAAAACCCCACGCAAGUCACAGCGCGCCGUAACCUUUGGUUAUUAGAGAGAUUAAGAUUCACGUUUACGCCAAACGGCAGACGUGAAUUUGUACCAUGUGACCAAGUUUUCCCCUUAUUUUUCGCUUACUCUUUGUUGCUUCUACGCAAAAAUAAGUAGUUUUAUGCCAGUUUUAACCAUAGGUAUCGUUGGGGACUGUUUUUAUGUGCUUAUUUUCUAUUCUGAGAAAUUCUCAGCUUGAGUCUGAAGUUUGCCGUUAGCGGUAAACGUGAAUUUUCAUCUCUCUAUUACUAGUUUAUCACGUUAAUAUGUAAAUGGAACAUGUCUUUGUUAUUGUUGGUUUUCACAUGACGUCACUAAAAUUCAAACUACAAAAUUAUCGAUCCUACUGAGAUUUUACUUUUAUGGUGUAUUAGAGCAGCUGAAAAUUAAUUUUCAAACAAAUUUUCGCUUCAAAAGGGUUCUCGGUUUUGUAAUAGAGUACGCUUGAAUUUAUAAGUUUUUGCGUGACGCAGCAGUUACAUGACGGCCGAGAGAGCUGUCAUUUAGGUUAAAAAAGUGACUUUUUUCGAGGAAUUUUCCUAUCUAAACAGUUCAAGUGUUAGAAAAAGUAUUACUUUAAUGUUUAUGGGUUCCUCUAGGAGUAAAUUCACGCUUUUGUAGCAAAACUCGGUAACAGAUGUUUCCGUUGGUUUCCGUCCGCCAUGUUGGAGCUCAUCCGGAUGAGCUCCAGCAUGGCGUCUCCAUACAAAGCUCUAUAAAUUUGGGUAAAACAUUUCCUCGGAUAUCUCGUAUACGAAUAAUUCCUUUGACCCAAAUCUUGGCGAGGGUUUUUGUAUAUUUACCUCCUUUCAUUUCCCAGAUUCUGGACUUUAUCUGUCGUAUGGUUUUGAUUUUUAUUUUGAUCUAUUUUGGAUGGCGUGACACUGAAGACCAGCAAUUCCUGGUUUGGAAAACCUGGUCCCGGUUGCUUAAACGCCGGUUUGGUCGCUCUUUCUACCGGACUAAUCGCCAUUCAGUGAAUAAGAGCCAGGGGAAAAGGUUGCUUUAUCCACUAGAUUGUAAGGUAGCGUUAUCCGUCCAUAGGGUUGCAUGCACUAUCUACCCUUUGAGCACCUGAGGCAAGUAGUCUAUAAGCUGACUAGUCAAUGAAUGACUAAGAUGAGAUUAACAUUUAUUUUUUUGGCUUUGUUCACAGAGCUGUACCAAGGAUUCAGACUGUGGUCCAGAUCGCUGUUGUCUUAAUCCAAACUACUUUGGUGUCUGUGCACCUAAAAGAGGACUCAAUCAGUCCUGUAACUUCGUUGUACGUGAUUUGAUAAACGCUUGUUUUCAUUUAAAUCUUUACUGACCCUUUCAGGCUUAGAAAUGCCAGUCUUCUUCCGAUGACCAACUACCAACGUUAAAUCGCAAAUAUUUCAUGAUUCAGGUAGCCAAGCAGUCAUUCGUCUAGAGUAGGGCAUUGUGCAAUCAGAUGUUUCGUUGUUUUGUAUUGUUCUUUUUGGGUCACACCAAAAUUGUUUUAAAAAGAUUUAGUAACAACAGUAAAAACCUUUAACCGCGUCUUCCUUUUUCAGAGUUGUAAACAAAAUGGAUUUUUCCGACAAUCAUAACGACAAGGAUAGUCCACAAGUUUGUUUUUAAACUUGAACCUUAUACCACUUAAGAGACUGAUAAGAGCCGGGAGUUAUUAAAACCCCGCAUUUAGUCAACAACUAGGCUGACUUCUACAAUUUUCAGGGUUUUACAAGAUGCUUCUGCAAAGACGGUCUGUCCUGCCAGACGGUUAAGAAGUUGCCAUGGGGUUUAGCCUGGAAUCGCUGCCGGCCAAUUCCAACUGAACAACCUGCAGUAGGCUCUGGGAGCAUGGAGUACUGAUACAACUAUACUAUACACAUAGAUACAUUCAUGGCAUCUGUCUUUAAGGGUACGCUGUGAGUUGAAAACUUGAAAUAAAUAACUCGGAAACCUUCGUCCAUCA